AUGAGCCAGUGUUUUGCCGACACGAGCGCCCCAGUGGAUGGAGACAAUGACAUUGAUGGUGAGAACAGAACAUGUUUCCACGCUGCUACAUCUCCGUCAGACUGGACAGUGGAUCUGGGCCGGGACUUCCAGCUGUAUGACAUCAGGAUCUACAGUAGAAGUGGAUAUACCCUGAACAACACUACCAACACCACCACCACCAACUGCUCUACCCUCCCGAGUUCAUCCAACACCACCACCAGCCAAACUGAUGUGACGUGUAACGGUACAGGCAGAUACGUCACGAUCAAGAACCUGGGGACAGGGCCUGGAGAAAAUGAUACACUCAACAUCUGUGAGGUGGAGAUUUAUGUCUGCAGUCAGAAUAUCUAUUGGAAAGACUGUGAUAGUUUCUGUCACUGCCUGAAUUCAACCUGUGAUCGGUGGACUGGAUUGUGUCCUGGAGACUGUAGACCAGGAUGGCAGGGCAGAGAUGUGACACAGGUGAGACGUUACUGCUGGCAGGAUUGGUGGGUUCCAGUCAGUGGUACUAGAGACUGUAGACCAGCGUGGCAGGGACAGAGAUGUGAUACAGCUUGCAACAACACUACCUAUGGCAUUAACUGCAACGAAACGUGUACUGGGCGGAAGUGUUCAGCUCCAAAUUCGUUAUGCGACCGUCACAAUGGCGCAUGUGACACAGGAUGUCUUUCCGGUUGGACAGGUGCUGAUUGCACACGAGCUCCAAUAUCAGGCACCGAUCAUGACUUCCUCAAUAUCACACUUCCACUAAUAGUGGUAUCUACAGUGGCUGGUGUCCUGGUUGUCCUCGUAUUGGCCCUCGUUGUACUCUUAAUCAGAAGACGCGGAAAGCAAAAGAGAGUGCACGAGACAAGCCCGACACUGACAAGCCUGUAAAAGGAAGGAUUAGUGAAGUGAACGACAGCAGUAAGUACGUGAAUCUUAGCUUCGA